CGUCCGCGCGGCCAGCAUGCACGCGCCGGCGGCCGGAGCUCGCUCUGCCGGCUGCUGCGGCCGGUUGCGGCUCAACGAGGACAACAGUCGAUUCGUGCUGCUUGGAGCGGCGCUGCUGCUCUACCUGUUGGCGGGCGCCGCGCUCUUCCAGUGGGCAGAGCGCGACCACGAGCUGAACGCCCAGCGCGCCUACCGCAGCCUCUACGAGCAGUUUCGGCGGAACCUGACGGCAGGCGGCUCGCCGAGCCUGUCUGAUGUGGAGCGGCUGCUGGCGGCCCACCUGACGGCCGACCGCCUGGGGCUGCUGCACCACCGCGCCCAGUGGGACCUAGCCGGCAGCUUCCACUUCUGCUGCACUGUCGUCUCCACCAUCGGCUGGGGCUGGACGGCCCCUCAGACCACCACCGGACGCGUCUGUCUGAUUUUGUACGGCAUCCUGGGCUGCGCCGGCGGCAUCCUCUUCUUUAAUCUGUUCCUGGAGCGGUUCAUCACGCUGCUGAGUCACGUGAUGCGUCUGUACCACCGGUGGCAGUUGGAGCGGCAGCCGGGCGCCGGCUCUCGGCCGGCCUCUCGGCUCUCGCGGCCCGACAGCGGCUGCUCGCAGCCCUCCUGCACCGCCAAGUGGAAGCCGUCCGUGUACUGGGUGCUGCUGUACCUGCUGGUGUGCACCAGCCUGGUGCUCCAGCUGGGCGCCGCGCUCUACGCGCACAUGGAGCGCUGGGACUACGUGCGCGCGCUCUACUACACGUUUGUAUCUUUCGCGACAAUCGGAUUCGGGGACAUGGUAGCCGGCAUCCGGCCGGACCCGUUCUACGGCGCCGCCCACUGGUACGGCGUGGCCAACUUUACCAUCACGGUGGUUGGUGUCUGCUGCAUGUAUUCACUGUUCAACAUCGUCUCCAUCAUCAUCAAGCAGCUGCUGAACUACUUAAUCCGGCGCGCGGACGGCUGGUGCGUGCCGUCGGCGCUGCGGCCGCUAUCGGCCAAGGUGGGCAACUCGGGGGGCCGGCUGGCCAGCCUGCCGACGCCGCGCCGCUCACCCGACGCGCCGCCGCUCAAGUCGGCCUCUUCCAGGGAGGAGCUGGACGCCGGCGCCGCCGACGGCGUCAUCUUUCCCCGCGAGCUGCUACACGCUAACCGGGUGUCGCUGGCCGUGAUGCAGAAGCGGCUGUACGAGAGCGCGCUGCAGUCGCGGGCCAGUUCGGCGCUGGCCAGCGCGCGCGCCGCCGAGCACGAGCUCGACAUGUCGGGCGUCAACAUCAGCUCGCUGGGCUCGGUGGCCAUUGCCAGCAAGAAGCUCGACGGAGAGGACUAGUGCGUGACCGCGGUGCGUGCUUACUAACUGGUGUGGCCUGUUCAGCGGACGGAGUCAGCCGCGCGUGCGGCCGGCCGACGGAUGCCACCGAGUGGCAAGUGGCACGGUGCACCGUCCGGUCGAUGGCGGCCGGCGGCGCUGGGGCUGCCGCCACCUGUCUGCCGGGGUGCAGCCCGCCCGUCCAGCACACCAUUCUGA